AUGAUACCCUUUACAGGUCAUGUGAGUAUCAGGCAACACAUCCGGGGUAAGCCCUACCCAACAGGUCUUAAGAAUUUUGUUCUUGCUGAUCCAACUGGUGAAGUAUUGGACUUCCAAGGGAAAAACUCCUUCCCAGAUGCCGCCACGUCUACAUUGUCCAUUGGUGGUCUGGCUGUCCUCAGGCUUACACAGACACUUCCGGCCGGUUGCUCCUUGUUUGUAGACAGAUAUUUUACAAGCAUUCGUCUGCUGGACUGUCUGCUGGAGAAAGGCAUUACAGUCACUGGUACUAUAAUGAAAAAUCUUGUGCCGCGAAAUGCCAAACCGUGCUUGAAAAAUGACACAGAGAUGAAACGUCAGGGUAGGGGGUCAAUCAAUCAAAUCGUGUGUGAUGACAACAAGAUUUGCAUUACCCAGUGGUAUGACAAUAAAGCAGUGCUGUCAGCAUCCAGUGAAUUUGGAGCUCAACCUAACGAUAGCUGUAAAAGGUGGUCUAAGGAAGACCACGCCUACAUUGAAGUCCCGCGGCCUGCCGUCAUCAAACAGUAUAAUGACAAAAUGGGUGGAGUGGACCUAAGUGACCGGAUGAUACCUUACUAUAGAAUCGGCGCUCGCACUAGGAAGUGGACAAUUCGGACGAUUUUGCACAUGGUGGACUUGUCGUUGGUGAAUGCCUGGCUGCAAGAAAGGCAAGAUAUGCUGAAUAAAGGCACACAAAUCAAGCAUCUACGGCAGUUCCUGGAUUUCCGCCUAGCUGUUAGCGAAGAUCUGUUGUUUCCCGCCGGAAUACAAACAUGGAACCAGAAGACGGACCCCCCUCAAAAACGUAUCGCUCUGCCACCGGAAGCGGCUCGAAACACCAGGCGCUCCACUUGCCACGAAUGGUUGCGCUUAAAAUGCAGCAAGAUGUAG